AUGGAGCAGCAUCUGAAGGAAGCAGCAGAAAUACAGUGAAACAGCCUCUUGACUCUCCUGGCCUGGUGGUACAAGCGGACCUCCCAGGCCAGCACAAUACCCUUUAUAGGGUGGUCAGCAAGGCAGGUAUACAAACAGCAGGAAGGCCUGCCCUUCCAGCAGUUCACACGCCAAGAUCAAAUGCCCUGCAAAAAUUUCUUCUGGGAAACCUUCUCCAACUGCAAAUAA